AUGCCCUCUCUGUUUGGUAUUGUCAUUUCUAAGAGUUUAAUGCUCUUAUUUGUUUACACCAUCCUACUUGCUCCACUCCUCAGUCUCACAAGCGCUGAAGUCAAUCAUAAUGCAGCAGCUCUCCCAAUUGAUCAACUUGUUUCUCAAGCUGCUCAGACUGCUCAGACUAAGGUUGACAAUUUCACACAAGCAAUGACUUCACUCGUCCAUCACCAGCACAGCCGCCGCUACAACAAUGACCAUCAUAACCAUGCCUUCAACAUUAGUACACGUGCAGAUCCAGCACUCUAUGCUGCACGAGUUCUGAAGGGCAGACAAUUGUAUUGUACCAUGCAGGACAGUCUUGCUCUGACAACUCAGAAGAAUGGUGGUGUAUCUCAAGAGGCAUUGAUCUACGAUCCGGCAAAUCUCUACACUGAGGGAUUUAGGACUUAUGUCAUGAAAGAAAAUGAUGAGGAAGGACCUGUCUUUGGAGAAGCUUUGGAUGAACCACUAAAUUUCCUUGGAUCAGAUGUUUGGGAAGCAGAUGAGCCCAUGCCUGUCUUGGUUCGCGAAGCACACACUGCAAAAGGAUUCUCUCAGAUCGACACACUUGAUCAUGAGUUAUGGCACGAUAGUUCUCGUCUUGUAGAACCAACAGGAGCAGAAUGGGAAACCUUGAUCAACUGUGAUCCUGGAAUCCUUGUAGCGGACAAGAACGUUAGUCCAGCCUCGCAGGGUUUCAACAAGAAUGCCGACAACUCCCCCCGGAUAUGGAGUUGGUCUGAUACAGUUUUCCUGUACUACAAGAGAGUCUGUGGUGCCGCCGCUGUCAAAAACCUAGAAUGGGUAAUCCGGGCAGGAAUUGUCAACGAAGAUACCAACAUUAUGACUAAGAUGGCCUUGAGAGCAAGUGGACACAACACUAUACCACUUUGGGGAGAUAGGAUAACUUUACAUCCAACUGAUGAUCCCUUCUUUGCUAUUCUUGGAAGCAAGAAUGGUGCUGGUAUCGGCUUUCUACUCAAUCAACACAAGGAUGUAGUAACUGGCCUGGGUGUCAAAAAGGUCAACAGUAUAACCAUUUGGUCCUACGGAGAGUCGAAUCUCGAUAUCAGCAGUACAAACACAGACGAUUUUCCUGAUCACACACUUUGUUUACUCUUUGAGAUUGUUCCUGUUGCUUCACCAAAUCAGAUCCCUCCACCAACCGUCUGA